AUGUCUAAUUUUGAUCUUGACGAUAGUGAUAAUAGCAUCAUCCAUGAAGACAGUGACGACGAUGAAAUAGAACGUGAUGAUGAUGUUGACAUUGGAUUUCGACGACAUCAAUUUGAAACCUUUGGAAACGGACGGCCGAAACGGAGGCACAAAGAGGAAAGCCUCUAUGGAGUUUUCUAUCAAGAGCAUCGACAGGCCAAAAGAUCAAAGACAAAGUCGGCACCAAUGUUUGUGGCUGCCAGCAAGAGCAAAACUCUCGCUGUGAAUGGAGAGAAAACCAAAUCUAGCAACAAUUUUGUGGCUAAAACUAGUACGACGAUCGAACCAAACGAAGAACCACGUACAGCCGAUUGCACCGAGGAACAUGUUACAGUCGACGAAGAAUCACCGGAUGAGAUCAAGAUUCGAGAAGAGCAAAAGGCUGCUGAUGAUUACUUCUUGUCAUUGCUCAAUAAGGGACGGACAAAGCAGCGUGCCAAAUCGAAUCGUCAUGAACCGGGCUUGGUAUCAAACCCUGCGGUUGGUGAAGAAACAGCAGGAUUGAGUGCAGGCUUGGGAUGGGGGGUGACUUCGUCUUUUGGCAAGAAGGACGAAGGUAGGACGUCAAUAAAACGUAAGCCACAAUCUAGCCUUGGGAAAUGGGAAAAACACACGAAGGGAAUUGGUGGCAAACUCUUAACGAAAAUGGGUUGGUCAGGGGAAGGAGGACUUGGGUCGAAUCGCCGGAAACUGAAAAAGACGCAGGACGAGAGUGGUGAUGGCAAGGCUGAAACGGCGGAGUUGGAGCAGACGAGAAAGGGGAUCUCGAGGCCAGUCGACGUGGUUGUGCGUCCAACAAGUUUAGGUCUCGGCUUUGGAAACUUCAAGGAGGCGUCACAGCUAAAGACAAAUCGACAAAUAGAAGCUGAAGUUCGGGGGCUAAAGGUUUCGUCACAAAAUGACAAAAAGCAGCAGGUUGAUGAGACCAUCGAGAAGGGCUGGGGUCUUGCAACCAAGAGCUCGGCAAUUCCUGGAGCUGAUCAAGUAAUGGCUCAGAAGCAAUGGAAGCGAAACCGGAAGGGGAAGUCUUCGAAAGUGACGAUAGUCCCUUACGAGGAACUCCUCAGAAAAGAAGAUAAGGAGGAAGAUGGUAUGCGGAUAAUUGAUAUGACAGGACAGCAAGCUGAUAGGAAAGAAAAAUCUUCCCGGGAUGGACAAGUGCAACUUGGCGCUGAAAUCCUACACAAUAUUUCCUUUUUGCUGAAUACACACGAGAACAAACUGCAUUCGAGUUCACACUUUCUCAGAUCAAAUAGACGGAAGUGUGAUAGUUUUCAAUCGGAUGUUGAGGAAAUGAGGAAACGACAAGGAGAUGGUCGUAGACGGAUUGAAAGUUUGAAGCAUAUGCAAAAUGUUGUAAGUCAAGUUGAGGCCCUGACGCAGCAAGUUUCAGUCAACACCGAUGCUUCACUGUUGAUCGAUGAUACUACCAAAUCGUUAGAUGAGCUAGCACGAGAAUUAACGGCAGAGGAGAAACACUCCUUGCAGUUUUGGGAAACUAUAGCACCAGCCAUUCUCAGUCCAGUCAUCCAACUACAACUAGAUCGAUGGAAUCCAUUACAGCCCAUCGGCGAAAGCAAGGAUAUCGUCGAUUUGAUUUUUGGUUUAGUUCAAUCAGACGAAACAAAUGGCAACCAUGAGAGAGUAAAGCUUCGUGAUUCUACAGUCCACAAUCAGCUCUUGCCAAAAAUCAAGAGAAUAUUCGACUCUACCAAAUGGAUCGCAAAUCAGCAUGCAGAUUUGGCGUUGGAUCUAUAUGAAUAUAUUCUCAAGAAAGCCAUAGAAAGCUGUCCUCGCGAAGGAAUAGAAGCACUAGAUCCGGAUGCAAACAGCGUGCUGCCUGUAAGUGAUGUUGGGAAGUCGGAUAAUCGCCUAGCAGCCAGUGUCAAACGAAUCUUGAUAUUCGAAUCGAUAUAUUUGAACAUCCAACGUUCCAUGAGCCUUUGGAAACCCAGGCUCAGACGCACCAGUGAUGGUUUGCAAAUACUAGAUCGAUUAGAUCUCUGGGUACUACCCUGGCUUCCGCAUUUGGAUCACCCAACCAUGUUGCACUGUUUGAUCGUAGAUUGUCGACGCAAAAUUAAGCACGCAAUGGAAUACCUACAACGAAAAUGCAAGUCUGAUGAGGAGUUUCUUCGCGCAAGCAUAGACAUCUUGAAGCCUUGGAGAAACAUAUUUGAGGUUGCAGAUUUACAGGGUAUGGUGUCUGACAUUGUUACACCUCGGUUAGCGCGGCACUUGGCAAAACAAAGACUAGAUGUCGAUGUUUUGGAAGACUGCACAACAAUCUUUGGUAUUGCUUUGGAGAUGCACCGAGUAGGGCUGCUUGCUGAUAUUGACUUUCUGAGUGUUAUGGAAGGUGAAGUAUUGAUCCGAUGGGCGGCUUCGAUUAAAAAAUCCGUCCUUCUGCGUAGCAGCUCGGAAUGUGCACAAAGCUAUUUGGCGUGGAAACGGUUGAUCCUGACCAACUUCGAUCGAAAGAAGCCUUGUCGCCUUUCAACGAAAACUUUGGCGCUGCUUCAAGAGGACGCGUUCAUAUGUCAGAUUUUCUGGUCUGUCUUACGGGUUCUUCAACUCUCCCACAGGUCGGAUCAGAAGAAACUCAGCUUGAUAUCCUUUCCAACGACGAAUUUCCAAGUCGUCGCAGCGAGAAGAGCACGAGUCCAAGAGGGAUCUUACGAUGAAGAAAAACCUCGAAAUCAAUCUAUAUUUACGACCGAGAAAGAGACUCGCGCCAGGCUACAACGACUCAAUGUCACCACCCCAACAUUUCGCGAAGUUGUCGAAGAGUUUGCAAAGAAUGAAGGCAUCACAUUUCAACCUCGAAGUGGUUUCAAUGCUAUGAAAGAUGGAAGGCAAAUAUUUCAGUUUGGAAACGCUUCAAUAUACAUCGAAGGUGACGUUGUUUUUACACUUAAGGGCAAAGAGUGGAUACCUGUAGCACUGGAUCAACUUGACGCAUCGUAA